UUUAUUACUGUUACACAAGUGGAUUUAAGGAGGCCCGUGAUGGAUAACGAAGGAUGUAGUGGUAAACACACACUAAAGAAAGAAUCUUGGCGGACAGUAUUCGCAUUGGCUUAUCAGAGCCUGGGAGUUGUGUAUGGGGAUUUAAGCACAUCUCCGUUGUAUGUUUACAAGAGCACUUUUGCAGAGGACAUUCAACACUCAGAAACCAAUGAAGAGAUAUUUGGGGUUCUAUCUUUUGCGUUCUGGACACUAACCCUGGUACCACUUGUUAAAUAUGUGUUCAUAGUGCUUAGAGCUGAUGACAAUGGUGAGGGUGGGACUUUUGCUCUCUACUCAUUGCUAUGCCGUCACGCCCGAGUGAGCACUCUGCCCAAUGGGCAGCUUGCUGAUGAGGAUUUGUAUGAAUACCGGAAGGAAAAUAAUGAAUCUUGUAACAGUGGUGUUGGUUUGAGAUUGAGGUCUGCAUUGGAGAAGCAUAGGGUGUUGCAGAUGAUUUUGCUCACUUUGGCUUUACUUGGGGCUUGUAUGGUGAUUGGGGAUGGAGUUCUUACUCCUGCGAUUUCGGUGUUUUCAGCAGUAUCAGGAUUGGAGCUUCUUGUUUCUAAGCAUCAUCACCAAUAUAUAGAAGUUCCAGUUGUUUGCAUGAUUCUGGUGUUCCUAUUUUCUUUGCAACAUUUUGGGACCCACCGGAUCGGAUUUCUAUUCGGACCAGUUGUUAUAACUUGGCUGUUGUGCAUCAGUUCCAUUGGGAUCUACAAUAUUUUCCACUGGAAUCCCCAUGUUUACCAGGCACUCUCUCCUUAUUACAUGUAUAAGUUCUUGAAGAAGACACAGGGUCAAGGCUGGAUGUCGUUGGGCGGGAUCUUGCUAUGUAUAACAGGUUCGGAAGCCAUGUAUGCUGAUCUUGGUCACUUUUCCCAGUUGUCCAUCAAGAUGGCGUUUAGCUUUGUGGUCUACCCAUCUUUGGUCUUGGCUUAUAUGGGACAAGCGGCUUAUCUUUCAACGCAUCACAUAAUCGAGAACGACUACCCCAUUGGGUUCUAUGUUUCAGUCCCUGAAAAGCUGCGUUGGCCGGUGCUUGCGAUUGCUAUACUCGCAGCUGUGGUUGGAAGCCAAGGCAUGAUAACCGGGACCUUUUCCAUCAUCAAGCAAUGCAGCGCUUUCGGUUGCUUCCCGAAGGUCAAGAUAAUCCACACAUCCUCUAAGAUAUUCGGCCGGAUUUACAUCCCAGAAAUCAACUGGACUCUGAUGCUGCUAUGCUUGGCUGUUACAAUCGGCUUUAGGAACACAAAGCACAUCAGCAAUGCAUCGGGUCUGGCAGUGAUAACCGUUAUGUUGGUGACAACAUGCCUUAUGUCUCUUGUGAUCAUAAUCUGCUGGAACAGAAGCGCCCUUCUCGCCAUCGCUUUCACGCUCUUCUUCGGCUCCAUUGAAGCGCUCUACUUCUCGGCUGCGCUGAUCAAGUUCCUCGAAGGCGCUUGGGUCCCCAUCGCCUUGUCUUUCGUCUUCCUCAUUGCCAUGUCCAUCUGGCAUUACGGCACACGGAAAAAGUACGAGUUCGACGUACAGAACAAAGUCUCCCUCAACUGGCUCCUCAGCGCCGGCCCCGAACUCGGCGUUGUCCGAGUCCGGGGCAUCGGCCUCAUCCACACGGAACUCGUGUCCGGGAUUCCGGCCAUCUUAUCCCAUUUCGUCGCCAACCUCCCGGCUUUCCACCAGGUUUUGGUCUUCUUGUGCAUCAAGUACGUCCCGGUGCCCCACGUUCGACCCGAGGAGAGGUUCCUCGUUGGGAGAGUCGGCCCAAGGGAGUACAGAGUGUACCGGUGCAUAGCCCGCUACGGAUACCACGACGCCCUCUUGGAUGACGCUGCGUUCGAAGAGGAUCUGGUUUGCACGAUAGCCGAUUUCAUCCGGUCGGAAUGGAGCCAUCAUAAUAAGCAUUCCGAGGACGGGUUCGAGAGCAACGAGAAGAUGACGGUCGUGGGGAGACCCUCGUCGUUUAGCGUUGGGGACGACAGUGAGGAUGCGGAGGUUCCGAUGAAGAGGGUGGGGUUUGUGGUGCCGGAGAUAGACAAAAGGGGGGAGGCAGAGGUGGAGGAGCUGAUGGAGGCGAGGGAGGCGGGGAUGGCGUUUAUACUCGGGCACUGCCACGUGAAGGCGAAGGCGGGUUCGGGUUUAAUGAAGAGGAUAGCCAUUGAUGUGGGGUAUGAUUUCUUGAGAAGGAACUCGAGGGAGCCUACAUAUAUGAAGAGCUUUCCUUGUGCAUCAACGUUGGAGGUGGGAAUGAUUUACCAUGUAUGAUACUUGGUGCUAAGCACUCGUGUAAAUAGUGAAUCAUCACAACCCAAAGUAACUCUUGUUUCUCUUGGAUUCAAAUCUAAAAUAAUAACACGUUUUUAAA